GGAAGCGCCUCGGCGUGGCGGGGCGUCAAGGCGGCUCUGCACCGGAACUUGGGGGGCGGGGUCAAGGCGGGCCCUACGCCCGGAGCUGCUUGGGUAAAGCCCAAGAUGGCUGCGCGCACCUAGUGCCGGAGUGAGGACAGCGGUGACCGUACCUGUCAUCUUCUCGAAGGUCAGGUCUGGCCCUCACUGCUGUGCCCUUGCGGAGGCUGUUGUAGAGGAGAGACGAGAACAAUGGCUGGGAGCCUCUCUUGGGUGACAGGCAGGGGCCUAUGGGGCUGGGUGCCUCUGGCCUGCAGAAGCUUCUCUUUGGGUGUUCCUAGAUUGUUCCAUGUAAGGGUCACCCUCCCGCCACCCAAAGUGGUUGAUCGUUGGAACGAGAAGAGGGCCAUGUUCGGGGUGUAUGACAACAUCGGAAUCCUAGGAAACUUUGAAAAACACCCUAAAGAACUGAUCAAGGGCCCUAUAUGGCUUCGGGGCUGGAAGGGGAAUGAAUUGCAGCGUUGUAUCCGAAAGAAGAGAAUGGUUGGAAAUCGGAUGUUCAUUGAUGACCUGCACAACCUUAACAAACGCAUCAGCUAUCUCUACAAACACUUUAACCGACAUGGGAAGUACCGGUAGAAGAGAGACCUGGGAACUGUGGAAUGGGACUUGUUUGGAAUCUGUUAUCCACAUGUUUUACUUUCCUCUGGAUGCUAUUUUACUUAUUCAUGUGAACUAGGAAGUGUAACUCAUCCCUAAGUCUUAUAGCCUUAGGUUUGGACUCACCACUUGCCCUUUGAGUCUAACCAUGCCUGUGGUGUUUAAAAAAUAAAAAUUAUUUUUGGCACCUUUUCA